ACCGGAAGUAAACAAAUAUGGCGGACGGAGAAGGUAGCCGUACCACUGAUGCUACCUCAUCGCAAAAUCAAGAUGAGCUCGUUAAAGUUGCUCAAAAUGAAAUAGCACAGGCGAUGAACAAAGCAAUGAACAAUAUUUCAACCAAUUCUAAAGAUAACGAACCAUCAGAACCUCUUAAGCAAAACUUGUCAGAAGAAAAGCAAGUUUUUGAAGAAAAUGUGGACUAUGUUGAACCAAUGCAAGAUCCAUACAAUAAGGCAAUAAAGUACCUAGAAAACCAUAAUAUUCUGCAGCUUUUUCAGCAACUCACUGCGAGCAUUGUAUACACGAAACCUGAACGCCCAUUGGAACAUAUGAUGCAAGAAGUUGAGAGAAUGAAGAAAGAGAGAGACCAAGAACAAAGUCAACAAAAAAAAUCCUGAAGAACUUUUUUGUAUUAGUUUUGCCCUAUGAUAUCUCUUUACCAUUGAUGUUUCAUUUAUACUUUAAAUAGGUCUCAUAAACCAAAGAACAUUAUGAUAUUACUUGCAGCUGAAAUUUGAAGCAAUAUUUUUACUUGUAUUAUACUGUUUUAUGUGUUAAGAGGACAAAAUUUUGUUUAAACAUUAGAGCUUAGCUGCUAUUUGUUUUUUCAUUGUUUUAUUGUUUAAGGUUUAUGUUUUACUUCCUUGAAAUCUUUCCGCCGUUUGUAAUUUGGGACAACAACUAUCUGUGCACCUAAAUUCUUUCAUGUAACAUAAUUGUUGAGAUACGUACAUCUUGUGAUUCCUAGUCAAUGUAGUAAUAUGUAGAACAUUGUAUAUCAGACAGUAAUUUACCUCAUCUUAUUUUUUAAAGAGGUAAGUCUCAAUAUUUAAGUCUAUUUUUUUAGUUUAUCAAUUAAAAAAAAAAUCUUUCAUCUGAACAUUAGUGUGGAAAAGUGAAAACAAAUUAUUCCAUUAGUUCUUGGGUAGAUUUUACUUAAAAAUAUCUUAGUAGUUUGUAAAAUUUACAGAUAAGCUAUUUACUGUGUUGAUCACACAGUAGAAAAUGAUGUACUUAUUAAUAUUGAGUAUGAUAUAUGAAAUAUCAACUUCGACAUUAUUAUUUUUUUUUAAGACAUAUUAGACUCAAAUAGGAAUAAGUACUUCAUAGUACCCAUGUGAAUAUAAACUUAACAUAUUUUUUAUGUAUUAACAGUACUGUGUGUAAGGUUUUACCUAAUACAUGUGCUAUAUUUCUGCACAGUAUAAACGUGUGCUACCAUUAAAAAACUGAGUAAGGUACAAGUUUCUUACAACACAGUCUAGAGCAUUUCUGAAAGUAAUAUACAAAGUUUCAUCAUAUCUGUCACAUCUGAUCUUCUCACAAAAUCGUUCAAAGCGAUUACUUAAAAAUUUUCUUUCACAAAAAGAAAAAUUAGUAACACAAUUUGAUGUAUAUGUAUGCCAUAUACAUGUAUUUAGUAUCAAGAAAUAGCUAUGAUGGUGAAAAUACUAUUUAUUAAUUAUUUUUGAUUAUUAUUAUUAUUAGAAAUAAUUAUUAUAUUUAUCUAUUUAUUAUGUUAGUGAUGUAUGGAUACAGCAAAGAUCAAUUGAUAAAUGUUUUAUGCAGUGCAGUUUUGUAUGUGUAUGAAGUUGUGUGAAUCUUGUAGGGUUGAUGGUCACUAUUAUUCCGCAUAUUGCCAAAGAAAUGUAAAAUUAAAGGUAGCAAACUGGGGUUUGGUUUAGGUAAAAAAGAUUUUUAACACUAUUAAUACUAUUUCUUCCUAUUGCAGUAAAUCAUGCAGAAAUAAAAAAUUGAGACCGACUGUACGUACUGUUGAAUGAUAUUAUACACCACUAGUGCAUUUAUUAAAUAAUCUUAGUCUGUGUACAUCUGAUGAUUGUAAUGUAGUGUGUACACAAGUAAUGAUAAUAAUAUGGUAUAUCUUUUACUGUUGCAUAUACAGAAAAAUAUGUCAGGCACUGAAAUAAAUAAUUUUGUCGAUAUUAUGUAAUAAGAUAAUGCCAGGUAAUUCUCCCACUCUCAAAUUUAUACAAAUUGAACACAAUACUUAUUGUAUUCAAGGGAUAUUAGAUACUACUACAUUAUAGCAAAAAGAUGAAUAAUCUUUAUGUAAAUUAAGAGAAAAGGUGAGGAUAGUUUGAAUUAUGCACUUUGAAGUAUCAUGAGAUUUCAUUUUGCAAAGUUUUUGUAGGGUAGGUUUGUAAAUUUUACUUAAUUGAAAUGUAAAUUACUGUAAUAUACCCAGUUAACAUUGGUAUAUUGGACCAAUAUUGGCAAUAAUGUUUGCCCGACUUUGAGCAGAUAUCAGAUAUCAACAUCUAACAGCUAUCUGUUGGAACAAUGUUAGAUUGAUAUUAUGUCAACCUUGCAGAACUGAUAUUGGGCCAGUAUUGAAAACCAUACUGGUCCAAUAUUGGCCUGAUAAUGCUUACUGGGUAGCAUCAGAUGCUUAAUUUAAGUUGACUGGUUACAUAACUAGGUGAAAAUGCACUAGAAGAAAAGACUACUAGUAAAUUAAAUUAUGAUUAACAUGUAGUAAAUUAACAAACUAAUAAGGGGUGACUUGUUAAUCUUGAAUCUGUUUUGCCACUUUAUUUAUGAAAUUGUAUUCUGUUCCUGUGUGGAGGUAAUAAAGAAUUCUAUCUAUUUAUGUUAAGCUAAAAUCCCAUUACAUUUAACAGGGUGAAGUGUCUUUCUACACAUUUGAUGGACAAUACAGUUGCUUCGUUAAUGUAACUUAGACUAUGAAAUGAUUUGAUUUUGUCAACAUGAAAUUUUAUGAUUUUAGGAGAUGUAAAUUCCACCUUUGAACAUAAAGUGAAAGAGAAUUUCACUGUUUCAUUCAAUUGCAUGUAGUAGUUCAACCACAAAUUCCUCGAAAAUUUGUCCCCCCACAAGAAUUAAUGAUUUCACUGCAUUUGACUACAUUGCUUUCAUAUUUUUUCUGCUAUUAGCACAUGAAAGUGCUUUCUUCAGCAGUAUACUGUAAAAUCAUUGAUAUUCAUAGUGUACAAUCUUUUUGAGGAUUUUCUGGUUGCAUUACAACCAAUAAAACUAAAUCUUAAACAAAUGAAAUACACAUUCAUGUUUUCUUCAAAAGUUCAAAUCCUUUCCUUCAUAUUCCCCAAUAAAUAACUGUUUUGGCCAAAUCCCAGAAAUUUCAUGCCCAGAAAAUAAAAAAAAUCAAAUAUUUUUUAGACUUCUUCAAAUGUAUACUAUAAGAGGCUUUGAAUAAUCCAUUACUAGUAUUUGUACAGUUUGUUUUUUAAUUUCAUAUAUUCAAGUGUCAAUGAUGAUUAAACACAGAUGAAUGUUUGUUAGGUUGUAAGCGAUUGUUGCAUUGCAUAGAAUAUAUUCUCAGCAUUUUGUAAAAGCCAAAAAGACAGGGUUGUAAUCAGAGUGUAUGUGUGUGUGUGUUUUUGUAAUAAUUGUUCCCUAAACAGUAUUGUUUUUAUCACAACUAACAUUUUUUGAUUGAUUUGUUUCCCUAAUCACUGUGAUAUAUAUUUAUUUUACCUAUACAUUGAAAUUGUUGUUAAUAAACUUGAAAGAAACUUUUA